UGAAUGUCUAGACUCAAUCUGGCCUUUGGAUGCUGUAUCAAUGGUCUAAAAGGGGAUGGAAAGUCUGGGCAGCCUCCACUCUUCCCUACUCCUGCCUAGGUCAAAAGGAGAGCUGUCGAUCUUUAUCUUUGACUGGCCAUGUUGGUUUUGAUAGUUCACCAGAUCAACUGGUUAACAAAUCCAUCAACCAAGGCUUCUGCUUCAACAUUCUUUGUAUUGGGGAGACUGGAAUUGGAAAAUCAACCUUGAUAGAUACUUUGUUUAACACGCAUUUUGAUGAUCGUGUAGCCAACCAUUUUCAACCGAAUGUAAGACUUAAAGCUCAAACCUAUGAUCUCCAUGAAAGCAAUGUUCGGUUGAAAUUAACCAUUGUGAAUACAGUGGGAUUUGGUGAUCAGAUUAACAAAGAAGAUAGCUACCAGCCAAUAGUGGAUUACAUAGAUGCGCAAUUUGAGGCCUACCUCCAGGAAGAACUGAAAAUUAAACGCUCUUUGUACAGCUAUCAUGAUACUCGUAUCCAUGUCUGCCUCUAUUUUAUUUCACCAACAGGCCAUUCCCUUAAAACUCUUGAUUUGUUAACUAUGAAGAAUCUUGACAGCAAGGUGAACAUUAUACCGGUCAUAGGCAAAGCGGACACAAUUUCUAAAACUGAACUGCAGAAGUUUAAGAUCAAACUCAUGAGUGAAUUGGUUAGUAAUGGAGUCCAGAUAUACCAGUUUCCAACAGAGGAUGAAACCAUUUCUAAAAUUAAUGCCACCAUGAAUGGGCACUUACCAUUUGCUGUUGUGGGGAGUCUGGAGGAGGUAAAAGUUGGAAACAAAAUGGUGAAAGCUCGCCAGUACCCAUGGGGCAUUGUGCAAGUGGAAAAUGAGCACCACUGUGAUUUUGUCAAGCUUCGUGAGAUGCUUAUUUGUACAAAUAUGGAAGAUCUUCGAGAACAAACUCACACACGGCAUUAUGAGCUAUACAGGCGCUGCAAACUGGAAGAGAUGGGUUUCAGGGACACUGGUCCUGAGAACAAGCCAGUCAGGCUCGCACUACUAAAGUAUUACGCAGAUAGGAAAAAGUCUGUAUCUCACAGCCAGGCUACUGUAGAAAGUGUACAGGAGACCUAUGAAGCAAAGAGGCAUGAGUUCUUUGGUGAAUUACAGCGGAGGGAGGAAGAGAUGAGACAGACAUUUGUGCAGAGAGUCAAGGAGAAAGAAGCAAUACUGAAAGAAGCUGAGCGUGAGCUGCAGGCUAAAUUUGAACAUCUUAAACGGCUUCAUCAAGAAGAGAGGAUGAAACUAGAGGAAAAAAGAAAGCUUCUGGAAGAUGAAAUGAUUGUGUUCAGUAAAAGGAAAGCUGCCACUGAAUUACUCCAAGCACAGGCUUUUGCAUCCACACCUACAGUUAGUUUGAAAAAAGACAAGGAUCGGAAAAAUUCCAGUUUUAUGUAAUACCGAUGAUUGCGACAAGCAGAUUUAAAAAAUGAUAUAUAAGGAAGCUCUGAUUUCCUGUACUUUAUUUCUUUGCUAUGUUUCUUACAAAAUUUUUUGGAAAGUGAACCUUGAUUCUGUAAGUUACAAGGGAAAAGUAUUUUAAAUAUAUGGUCAGUAUGUAUACAGUACUGUAGUUACUGUUACAUUAAUAUAUCUCAAUGGGCAUUUCUAUUAAGCAGUUGCCUUGAUAUGCACUUAAAUUACAUACCUGUAUGACCAAAUUACUUUCAUUUAAGUGCAUUGUACCAAAAAUAUGUCCAUGCUAUGAACAGUUUUCAUUCAUAAUAUGAAUGCUGUAGUACAGAAGUAUAUUCACUGAAUAUAUCUUUUAUGACCUUACCAAAGAAUUAGUUAUUUUGAUAUGGUAUGUUAAUUUACUGAAUACCAUUUAAUGUAACUUCUGAAGUUUUUUUAACUAACCACUUGUCUUAAUAGUUUGCUGACAAAGAUUUAUUUGUUUUUAGAAACACUUUCCUAAUUUUAUAUGUCCUUCCUGAUGCAAAUGUAUCAUGGUUUUCUUCAGGGCUGAACUGUCCAUGAUAAUAUUUUAUCUGAUAUUACUCAUUCACUGCCAAAUCAUUUAAAAGAUAUGGCCUACACUUCAACUUGAAUUAACUUUUACAGUCUUCUGCCUUUUUUAUAUAUCCUCUGUGGUGUAGGAACUGGAUAUUUUUUAAAUGAAUGGGACUGUUUAAUAACACACAUGAGCAACUUUAUGAGCAUGAAUCAUCCUGUUUACUUCAAUGAGACUUACAUGCAUAAAACUGAGCUCAUCUAUACUUGCUUCUAAGACUGGGGCCUACUACUUACUUUUCCACUUUAUUACAUAAGCUAUUUAGUUCCUUCAGAAUAGGUUAAAGAAUAAUUUUUAAAACAAAAUUCAGAAAGUAACUGUUAUGCCAUACAACUACAGUUCAUAACUAAACUUCCCUUCAACAAGGAAAGCAUCUUUUAGUUAAACUGAGUUUAAAAUGGUUCCUGUGGUUUUUAUAGUCUGGGAUAAGCACUUAACAGCAUUUUAUAGUUCUCCAAAGAUGUUUUUACAUGGUUAUUUUUAAACAAAAUAUUAAUACUUAACGUGACAUAUAAAACACAUUGUAUUUUCAGAAAUGUAUCUAUACUGAUUUAGUUUGCAUUUUUUCUUGUGUAUGUCCAAGGGAGAGCACUUCACAAUACUCUUAAAUAAAUGUAACACAGUUGUUUACUUUUCUAAACAUUUGGCAAAGAAACCACUUUGUUAAGAAAAAUAAAAUAUUAAAUCUUCUG